GACUAAAUUUUGUGAGUGUUGUAUGACGGCUGAUGUUUCGCUGUUACUGAUACCCCGGUGUUAGUAACAGAUAAAAAGGAAAGUGGAAAAGCAUCAGCGUCAAAUUAAGGAAAGCGCCAAUACUUCGGACCCCUGAUUAACGACGUCAUAAUCGUCACCGUUGUCCCUUUUACAAACGGAUUUAGGUACAUGUAGUAAUUUGGAAUCUACCAAACUUAUCUCUUUCACCUGUAGAAUACCACAUGCAAAUGCUAUCCUAUCCCAACAAUAUACCUAGAUGUUUAUAUAAAUAGUAUGGCAAGCACACAAUAGCAAAAUUUACCUAAUUUAUUCCAAGUGUCAUGCUCCGAAAAGGCGGCUCGACAAUCCUCAACCUCGUCUCUACCAGCAGUAUACGUAUCCAAAAACGAACCAUGAGUACUUCAAAACCGGCGGGAUCGAUCUACUUCGGUCCAUUCGAGGUUACAUCUCAGGUUUUCCUCACAACCCCCCACUCCUUCGCCCUCGUAAACCUCAAGCCACUUCUACCGGGUCACAUAUUAAUAUGUCCGCGCACGCCGUACAAGCGGUUAACGGACCUAACAGCAUCCGAGCUGGCGGAUUUAUUCCAAGCCGUGCAGCGCGUGCAGCGGAUGCUGGCGCGGCAUUAUUUCUCCCCAUCCCCCUCUGAGCAUAGAGAUGGUAUUCCCGAAGCAGGUUCUUUCAACAUAGCGAUCCAAGACGGCGCGGAAGCGGGUCAGACCGUGUCGCAUGUACACGUACACGUGAUACCCCGGAUACGGGGUGAGACCGCGAAGGAGGCGUCUGGACCGGGGGAUCAGAUUUAUGAGAAGAUGGCUGCAGAGGAGGGGAAUGUUGGUGGGGCUUUAUGGGAUCGAGAAGUAAAAAAGCUUCAGCAACAGCUUGGGAACCGACCUGAGCCAGGUGGUAGUUUUCCUAGUAUUGAAGACUCCGAGCGGCAUCCGCGGACGGCAGAGGAGAUGGAGGCUGAAGCGAGGAUGUUCCGCGCUGUUUUAGAGCAGAUGGGGGAAAUUGAAAGCCCUGCGCAAUAGUAACUCUGGUGGAGGUCUAGAAUUCAUUCGGUAUACAAAACGCUAUUACACAUGAACACCUUAGACAUGCUCCUUUCUCCUGUACGAUGCGCCCAGAUCCAAAUAUAAACACCUAAUUAAUGUAUUUACGUUGACCAUUAUUACAAGCCCCUAAGUAAUUCAUCCAGCGUAAUCGGCUUCCGAACCGCAUUACUGAAGCCUUCAUGGAACGUAACCCAGACCUUGGUCUCGCCUUUCCCAAGAGGUGCAUCCCCGGCUUUGCUCUUAGGUCUAUUGCCGUUCGUCUCUUUUAGUGCGCGAGAUUCGGUGUUCUCUAUAACAC